AUGCGCUAGUCCUUGCGUGUGGUGACUCUGGUCCUGUGUGUGUGUGUGUGUGUGUGUGUAUUGUGCGCGUCCACCCUUCUAAGUGGGCAGCUGUACACUUUAUAGCGACUAUACCUUCGAAAUGUGUCCAGCUGCCAACGAUAAUUCACCUCCACUUCAGGCAGAUCACAACCUGUGAGGAAAUACGCGGUGAGGAGUGGUCCGCUGGCCGGUGUGCGCUGGCUGGUGGCUGCGGCAGGAUGCAGAUGCGGGCCGCGCCGCUAUGACCGCCUCCUGCACGGCGCUCGCCAUUCUGCUGUUCGCGCUGCUCGCCAUGUGUGUGAGGUGCACGGGUGGUGUGAAGAACUACACUAUCAAGCCGAGGGUCGUCCUGCCAGAGGACUACGUCAAAGAGAUCCGUCCGCCUUCUCGCAAAGGCCAACCUGUCAGUGUGGAAUUCAGCAUUUACGUAGUCGAUAUCAACUCCAUAAACGUCGAAGACAUGGAUUUUCGAGUGGACAUGUUCGUCCGCCAGAAGUGGAUGGAGUCGAGGCUGGAUAUGCCGAACGCGCUGUUCGAGGAGGGGGACGACUACGUGACGCUGCCGCCCGAGUUCGUGGACAACCUGUGGCAGCCCGACCCCUACAUCCUCAACGCCAAGGUGUCUGAGAUCGCGAAGCUGACGCACGAGUUCUCGUCGGUGACGCUGUUCCGCAACAAGACGGUGCGCUACGCGGCGCGCAUGCACGCCAUCAUCGCCUGCCAGAUGGAGUUCCAGCUCUACCCCAUGGACAUCCAGGUCUGCCCCAUGUACAUCGAGAGUUUCUCGUACAACAUGCAGAAGCUGCGACUACGGUGGGCGGACGCGGACCCCAUCAUGCUCAACCCCGAGCUGAAGCUGCUGCAGUACAACGUGGGCCAGCCGCUGCAGAUCGAGGAGACUGACGGAUACGUGCCCGAGAGGGAAGCGAACUUCUCGCGGCUGGUGCUGUACUUCCGGUUCGAGCGGCAGAUCGGGCACCACCUGAUCCAGACGUUCGCGCCCAGCUCGCUGGUGGUGAUGCUGUCGUGGUUCAGCUUCUGGAUCGGCCUGGACGCCAUCCCGGGCCGCGUCACGCUGCUCGUCACCUCCAUGCUGACGCUCGUCACCAUGUUCACCGGCCUCAAGUCCGACAUCCCGCCCGUCGCCUACGUCAAGGCGCUGGACCUCUGGAUGGCCGGCUGCAUGGUGUUUGUUUUCGCGGCCCUGGGCGAGUUUGUCGUGGUGAAGGUGUUGGAGGUCCGCUACCAGCGAGAGAAGUCGCACCGCGGCGUCAACCUGCCACGCCUGCUGCCCAUGCGCAUCCAGGCGAUGGAGAAAUCGCCGUGCAUGUCCGCUUGGGACGUGGAGUCGGGCUCGGGCGGCCAACAGUCCGGGCAGCAGGCACAGACGUCUUCCGCUGCUGCGAGCCGGCGCAGCUCAGUCGGGUCCGUGCUGCGCAUGCGCGGCCGACCACUGCUGCAGACGUCUUGGCGGGACCACACCACGGGCCGGGAGAAGGUACUGUGGAGAGAGAUUGAUAGGCAUUCACGUACAAUAUUUCCAGCAUUCUUCCUGCUGUUUGUUGUUUUCUACUGGCCCAUAUUGCUGCUGAAGAAGUCUUAACACUCAGUGAUGACAAGAUUCUUUCACUAUUUCAGAGUUUAUUGAAAAAGUCAAAUGGAGGAAAGGCUUGUAGCCCUUUCUGCACAGACAUGAAUGUCUAAAGAGCACACUGCAAUGUGUCACUGGCUGUGAUACUGAAAGAUGUUUUAUCAGAGUGAUAAGCCAGAUUAUGAGGAUUAAAAUAAUGUGAUAAGUAGUGAAUAUUGUGCCUUUAAUCAAUGUAAAUAAUUAUAGCUCUAAAUUACUGAUCUUUCAAGCCUAUGUUCAAAUUAUGGUUGUUCUACAGUGGUGUGAAUAAAGAAAUCUCUUUGGUUACUGUUCAGAAAAUGUUUGAGAUGAGAAUAUAGCUGAAAAGUGUUGCACUCUAUAUAAAAUCAAAGUGUUCCUGUGAUAUGCAUUUUUAAAGAUUGUGAGUGAGAUUUGUCUUGCAGUCUCUUCUAGUAUAUAGAUAAGAAGCAAAAGACUAUGAAAACAUGUAAUAUUAUAACAUAAAACAUGUAAUAUGAUAGCAUCAUUACAAUAACCACCACUUUGGAACUCAAAUUUUCUGAGAGCUGGUGGCAUGUU